GCUAUCAUGGCUCAGCUUCCCCAGGAGGAAAAGGCUAAAAUUGCAGAGCAAGUUGAGAUCUUCCACCAAGAGAAGAGCAAACUGGAUGCUGAGGUGGCCAAGUGGGACGACAGCGGCAACGAUAUCAUCGUCCUGGCCAAGCAGAUGUGCAUGAUCAUGAUGGAGAUGACGGACUUCACGAGGGGUAAAGGACCAUUGAAGAAUACAUCCGACGUCAUUAAUGCUGCCAAGAAGAUUGCCGAAGCUGGCUCGAGAAUGGACAAAUUGGCUCGCGCGGUGGCUGAUCAGUGCCCCGAUUCGGCCUGUAAACAAGAUCUGUUAGCGUACCUCCAGCGCAUUGCUCUUUACUGCCACCAGCUUAAUAUCUGUAGCAAGGUGAAGGCCGAAGUCCAGAACUUGGGAGGAGAACUUAUUGUCUCUGGGCUGGAUAGUGCCACAUCUCUCAUCCAAGCAGCUAAAAACCUGAUGAACGCUGUGGUCCUCACCGUCAAAGCGUCGUAUGUGGCUUCGACCAAAUACCAAAAGGUCUACGGCACAGCGGCAGUCAACUCACCAGUCGUGUCUUGGAAGAUGAAGGCCCCCGAAAAGAAACCCUUAGUCAAGAGAGAAAAGCCGGAGGAGUACCAGACGAGAGUGAGAAGGGGUUCUCAGAAGAAACACAUUUCUCCCGUACAAGCUCUAAGUGAAUUUAAAGCGAUGGAUUCCUUCUAA